AUGGGUUUCUUCAAAACAGCACUCCUCCUUGCUGGAGUCUCGAUCCAGGCUCUGGCGUCUCAAAUUCCCCUCAACGACGCAGACUCACCGCAAGUAUCGGCCUUCCAGAUCCAUCAAAGCUCUUUAUUCCCGGAUCAUGCUAUCCGCAUCAAGGAGCAGGUGGAUGAUUCGAUAUGCGACGCCCGCGUUAAGCAAUACACCGGCUGGCUCGAUGUCGGAAACCAACAUCUCUUCUUCUGGUACUUUGAGAGCAAGAAGGCGCCAGCUACGGACCCUCUUGUGCUUUGGUUGACUGGAGGGCCUGGAGGCUCGUCAAUGCUGGGACUGCUUCAGGAGCUUGGCCCUUGUUUGAUCAAUGAGCAUGGCAAUGGAACAGUUCACAAUCCUUAUGGCUGGAAUGAGAAUGCGAACUACAUCUUUGUUGACCAACCUGCUGGCGUUGGAUUCUCUUACUUGGAUGAAGGGGAGCCGGUCCCUGGAAACUCAUUUGUCGCUGCUGAUAGUAUGCACAAGUUCUUGCAGCUCUUCACGAGCAAGGUAUUCCCCGAUCUCAAGGAUCGGCCGUUCCACAUAUCUGGAGAAAGUUAUGGAGGUCACUACAUCCCCAUCUUGGGAGCCACGAUUGUCGCACAGAACAAUCUUUACCCUAAGCGUCCUCAGGUAAACCUCGAGUCUGUCCUCAUCGGCAAUGGCUACGUCUCACCUCUGGAUACCGCAUUUGGAUAUUGGGAAACCCUCUGCACUACCAACCCAGGCCUUGACAAGCCCAUCUUCAACAGCACCCGCUGCGACAUCAUGGCCACCAACCUUCCAAGAUGUCUCGACUUGUCCCGCGUGUGCUACGAGCAUCCUGACCACGCCAUCUGCUCUGCCGCGGCUGAAGUGUGCUGGGACGGUGUCAUUAAAUUCUAUGACAGUGAAUCUGGAUCCGGCGGCAACAGAAACAGGUUCGACAUCACCUUCCCUUGCGAAUCUGGGGAUGAUUUGUGCUACAAGGAGUCAGCUCUUAUUGACAAGUACCUUAACCUCCCACAUGUUUUCAAAGCCUUGGGAGUACCGAAGGCCUUGACGAAAUACUCCAUCUAUUCGAUGAACGUGUCCGACGCUUUUGAUGCGGGAUUUGAUGUUGGUAUCAGCACUCAGACACAAGUCCUGUACCUGCUGAACAACGACGUUGAUGUACUGAUGUACCAAGGCAAUCUCGAUCUCGCGUGCAACACAGCUGGAAACUUGAAAUGGAGCAACAACAUGCCGUGGAAGGGACAGCCUGCUUAUGUUGCACAGCGGCCAAGGACGUGGGGUGCCUGGGGUGAGGAGAUCGGCUGGUAUAAGGAAGUCAAGAUUCAGAUGGGUAGCACUGACAAGAAGACGACUUUCUCUUUCGCUACAGUUGAUGGUGCUGGACAUAUGGUUCCUCAGAGCAAGCCAAAACAGGGAUUAGAGCUGAUUAAUAGGUGGUUGAAGAAGCGUAGCUUUGACGGUUGA